GGCGGGACGUUCUCCUCAGUGCCGGGCCGGGCGGCUGCGGGAGGAGGAAGCAGCCGCCGCCGCGGCAGGAGAGACGGGACGAGCCGAGGGGCCGGAGCAGCCCCGGCAGCCGGUGCGGGCGCCAUGGAGGACGGAGUCUAUGUGCCCCCGGACCUGACCCCCGAGGAGCGGCUGGAGCUGGAGAACAUCCGGCGGCGGAAACAAGAGCUGCUGGUGGAAAUCCAGCGGCUGCGGGAUGAGCUGAGCGAGGCCAUGAAUGAGGUGGAAGGUCUGGAGGCGAAUGAGGGCAGCAAAACCCUUCAGAGGAACCGGAAGAUAGGGAUGGGCCGCAAGAAAUUCAACAUGGAUCCUAAAAAGGGCAUCCAGUUCCUGGUGGAGAAUGAGCUGCUGCACAACACGCCGGAGGAGAUCGCCCGGUUCCUCUACAAGGGGGAGGGGCUCAACAAGACGGCCAUCGGGGACUACCUGGGGGAGAGGGAGGACUUUAACAUCGCGGUGCUGCACGCCUUCGUCGACCUGCACGAGUUCACUGACCUCAACCUGGUGCAGGCGCUGCGGCAGUUCCUAUGGAGCUUCCGCCUGCCCGGGGAGGCCCAGAAGAUCGACCGCAUGAUGGAGGCCUUCGCCCAGCGUUACUGUCUCUGCAACCCCGGCGUCUUCCAGUCCACAGACACCUGCUACGUGCUCUCCUUCGCCGUCAUCAUGCUGAACACCAGUCUGCACAAUCCCAACGUGCGGGACAAACCCACGGUGGAGAGAUUCAUCACUAUGAACCGGGGCAUCAACGACGGGGGCGACCUGCCCGAGGAGCUGCUGCGGAACCUGUACGACAGCAUCCGGAAUGAGCCGUUCAAGAUCCCGGAGGACGAUGGGAACGACCUGACCCACACGUUCUUCAAUCCAGACCGGGAGGGCUGGCUGCUGAAGCUGGGCGGGCGCGUGAAAACAUGGAAAAGACGCUGGUUCAUUCUGACGGACAACUGCCUGUACUAUUUCGAGUACACCACGGACAAGGAGCCGCGGGGGAUCAUCCCACUGGAGAACCUGAGCAUCCGGGAGGUGGAGGACCCCCGCAAGCCGAACUGCUUUGAGCUGUACAUUCCCAACAACAAGGGCCAGCUGAUCAAGGCCUGCAAGACGGAGGCCGACGGGCGGGUGGUGGAAGGGAACCACCUGGUCUAUCGCAUCUCGGCCCCCACGCAGGAGGAGAAGGACGAAUGGAUCAAAUCCAUCAAGGCUGCCGUCAGCGUGGACCCCUUCUACGAGAUGCUGGCCGCCCGCAAGAAGCGCAUCUCAGUCAAGAAGAAACAGGAGCAGGCGUGAGCUGGGCUGGCCAGCAGGCUGCCUUUCUGUGCCCCCCCAACCCACCUCCCUGGGCGCCUCUAAAACUGACACCCCCCUGGGCCAGGGGGGGCCCAGCCACGGACAGACAGACGGACAGAGCAGCACUGACUUCCCCUCCCCCAGCAUCUGUGUGCACCGCCAGCCGGAUCUGUCUUCCCCACCCCCACUCCCCCCAGGGACCCUACUUUGGGAUACAGCCCCUCUCCAGGAGCCACUGGGUACCAUGGGCCAGCACCCCCUUCCUCGCCCGUGGGGGCUGCAGCCUGGGCCGGGGGCCUCUGCCAUGCCCUGGGCUCAGGACCUUGCAGCAGGUUCUGAUCAGGAGUGACUCCAGAUCCACCCUGAGGGAGCCGAGAUCAGAAUCCAACCCUGCCCCCAUUGCAAUUAGGAGGGACUCUGGAAUCUGGCCCUGCCCCCACUGCAAACAGGAGUGACUCCGGCUUGGCCCUGACUCCGUAUCCUCAGCACUUUCCUUCACGGGUCUCUGGAUUUUCACUGGCUGACGCCAAGCUCCUCUCUACACUAAUUAGCCCCGAGAUGCAAUAAGCUCUUGCCUAGCAACCCCUGAGACAGCUGCCCCUUCCCUUCCAGCUGGCUGGGAAUUCCCCCCCCAUGCUGUGCUCCCACCAUGGCGCUCAGCACCAGGGGCUAGCGGGGUCCCAUGGUGCACUGGUGCAGCUGCGCUGCUGUCUUUGGGGUCUUCCCCCCCCGCGUAUUCCAGCAAUGCCAGGCAUGGGGUGGGGGGCAUUCCUCCCCCCCUCCCCCCACCGGCAAUGCCAACGGGCCCUCUGCAGCGCCCCCUGGCAGCCAGCAGGGGGAACUGAAGUUCUUCCCUCCUUGGGGCAGCUAGUGGAGGGGGAGUUUUAGCCCGCCCCGUGGCCUGCCCCUCACCAGCUCAUCUUUAAAUCUUCCCAACGGGGGGUAGCCCCCCCUACCCCCAUGUAUACACUAUUGGCUCUAGAGCUUGGGGUCCAUCUGGAGCCCCUCUAUUUCCAUGCACCCCCUCUGGGCUCCAGGAACGUACACUACGGACUGGGGGGGGCUGGGGAGCGCCCCCCGAGGUCGAAAGCCCUUUGCUUUCGCCUGCUGUGGAAUCCCGUCCUUCUGAUUACUCUCCUGCCACGAGCGCGAGGCACCGUCGGAAAGCCUGGCCUGGCGCCGCCGGGAGCAGAUGUGGGGCCCCCGCACCAGGACCAAUCCCUGGGCCCCCUCCCCACCUUUCUGGCUCAGCCCCCGCAGGGCGUCCUGGGAGGAACCCCCGGAUCGUCGGCUCCCAGAGGCAACUGCGUGGCAACAGGACCAAGCCGGCGGGACCCAUCUCCUCCCACACCUGGGACCCCCCGGACUUGCUGCCUCCUCCCGGCGCAGGGGGAUUUCACCCCACCGCAGGCGCUGGUGUGGACAGAGAGGGGCGGGCGCCAGCCCCGGGCCUGCCAUGGGAUUCCAGGGCGGGUUCAGGUUUUUGUAAUUGUUAUUUAAGGAUUUAAUGGAUGCAACUUUCAACGGAAUAAAAACACUACAGUCUUGAGUACA